AUGCGUUCGAUCUCGCUCAUCCUCCUUGCCGCUACCUCGAUGGCCCUUGCGGCUCCCCUGGGUAAUGACGUCCCUGCUGAUGCUGCUCAGGCAGGCGCUGGUGUUGGUCCUGGCCCAGCCCCUGGCGCCGGUGUUGGAGCUGGACCCGCCCCAGGACUUGGACCUGAUACCGGUGCCGGCCCUGCUCCGGGACCUGGAGCUGGACCUGCUCCUGGCCCUGGCGCUGGACCUGCUCCUGGCCCUGGCGCUGGACCUGUUCCGGGACCUGGCGCUGGCCCUGAGCCUAAUAUUGGUCCUGCUCCAGGACCUGCUCCUGGUGCCGGUCCUGCUCCUGGCGUUGGACCUGCUCCUGGACCUGGCGCUGGACCUGCUCCGGGACCUGGUGUUGGCCCUGAGCCUAAUGUUGGUCCCGCUCCGGGACCUGGGCCUGCACCUGGGCCUGAUGCCGGCCCUGGUCCUGCUCCGGGACCUGGUGUUGGUCCUGGUCCUGCUCCGGGACCUGGCGCUGGCCCUGAGCCUAAUAUCGGUCCUGCUCCAGGACCUGGUCCCGCUCCGGGGCCUGGCUUUGGCCCUGGUCCUACUCCAGGACCUGCCGGUCCCCCGGGCCCUGAAGGCCUUGCCGGUCCCCCGGGCCCCCAUGGUGCUGAUGGCUUCCCUGGUCCUGCUGGUCCAGUCGACCCUAUUGGUUUUGCUGGCCCUGCUUUCCCUGCCGGCCCAGGGCGGUUCCCUGGCUUCGACGAUUUCCCAGGCGUGGGUGGCUUUGGGGAUGCCCACUUUGCUCAGGCUAUCAUCGAUAGAGUCAACCACCAGAUCCAAGACGGUACCAUUAUCCAGAUCCAGCACUAG